AAUGGCAGCUCCCAGAGGAACGACGUGGAAAAGAUUCAGAGAAAUAUUUUCUCUGCAAUAUUGGACAAAAUUCGUUUUCGACCCAGGUCAUUCGUUUCUUGCGAUGAUUUGCUUACUAGCUGCUGAAGUUGUUAUCAAUUUAUUGGUGAUACAACGCAUUAAAUAUACAGAAAUAGAUUGGGUUGCCUACAUGCAGGAAGUCGGUGGAGUGGUAAAUGGAUCAUAUGACUACACGACACUUAAAGGUGACACAGGACCAUUGGUGUACCCUGCAGGCUUUGUCUAUAUAUUCCUGGGGCUGUACCACAUCACAGAAAGGGGUGUGAACAUUGUAUUGGCUCAGUACAUCUUUGCAGCCUUGUAUGUCCUCUCCCUAAUGGUCAUAUUUGAUAUAUACAGACAAGUGAAACAGAUGCCUCCAUACGUACUUUUCUUUAUGUGCUGUGCUUCAUAUCGUAUCCACUCCAUAUAUAUCCUGAGGUUAUUUAAUGAUCCAGUGGCCAUGUUGUUUCUGUAUUUGGCGGUAGACAUGUUCCUCCGUGACAAGUGGAGUUUAGGAUGUCUUCUAUUCAGUUUUGGUGUUGGAGUGAAGAUGAAUGUCCUGCUGUUUGCUCCAGCUUUACUGAUGCUCUUGGUUGUGAGACAUGGAACAAUCGGUUCUUUCAAAUAUCUGACAAUCUGUGCCUCUUCACAGGUUAUAAUGGGAUUGCCAUUCCUUCUAGUGAAUCCUGUAGGUUACAUAGUGAGAUCAUUCAAUUUAGGACGGCAGUUUUUCUUUAAAUGGACAGUCAACUGGAGAUUUUUAUCAGAAGAGAUGUUCCUCAAUCGCUACUUCCAUCUACUGUUACUAGCCACACACGUGAUAGUUCUCUUAUUCUUCUUCUGGUUUAAAUGGAGAAGAUUAUUUCCUGGGACAUCAUUCCAACUCUGGAUGAAGCCAUCCCAAUCACCUUUGUCGCCAACUCAGAUCGUGCUGCCAUUAUUCACGUCAAACUUUAUCGGAAUGUGCUUUAGCCGGUCUCUGCAUUAUCAGUUCUACGUAUGGUAUUUCCAUACACUUCACUACCUAUUAUGGUCCACGCCCCUACCUGUCAUAGUACGGUUGUUGUUGCUAGGGAUGAUAGAGAUGUCGUGGAAUACCUACCCCUCCACCGACUUCAGUAGUUCGGCCCUUCACGUGUGUCAUUUCGUCGCCCUUAUCGGACUGUGGACCAGUCCGGCAUACACGCCUGUAACGCAAACUGUGAGAGCGGCAAAGUUAGAAUGAUAUCAACUUGGACCUUUCAUUAUCACAAACUUUAUAGAGUAAUUUAUUAUAGACCGUUGUGAUCUAUCACAAACUUUAUAGAGUAAUUUAUUAUAGACCGUUGUGAUCUAUCACAAACUUUAUAGAGUAAUUUAUUAUAGACUGUUGUGAUCUAUCACAAACUUUAUAGAGUAAUUUAUUAUAGACUGUUGUGAUCUUGAGCCAUGGCUACCCUCAUGUACUAUGCUUUAAGGCCAAAUCCGACACCACGAUACUGUAAAACAAUUUAUUUUCGCGUGCGAUUAAUUUUCGCAUAUUUCGCGUGCAAUGAAUACGAAAAUCAAUUGCUGUGAAAUAGUUUCCAUCACAUGCACAGUUUGCCUUUUAUGUUCGUAAAUCACAAAAUUGAUGUCCGUAAAUCACAAAAUUAAAUCUCCGCGAAAAAGUUGUUGGACAUAAUUAAGCGAAAUUAAGUCGCCUCGAAAAUAAGUUGGUUUACAGUAUCAAACUUCCUGAUUUUGUUGGAGGUUACACUACCAUACCGUAAAAGUAACGAUUGGAAACCCUUUUAAGUUCUGACCUUCUGAGCUGCGCAUUAUUAUAUACCCCGGAUAUGUUUUACCACCCAAGGUGUUUAUUAUUGUUACCUUGUUUUGAUCUGUGUUGAUUUUGUAUUGAAAUAAUAAAAAAAACUAGUAAACAUGAA